AUGAACGAGGACGGCGUCGAAUACUCGGACUCGUCCGAGUCUGAGUUGGGAUAUGAGUAUGACUUGGAGUCGGAGGAGGCCGAAAGCCAGCAGCCUGAGCCGCCUAAGAAGUGGGCCACUCAAUCUGAAAGUGGCACAGCUUGCGCUAUGGCGAGGCCCUCUCCCAAACCCAAAGUGCGGACGAAAGACCAUCACAUCGCCGCCCUGCGCGCGGAAACUCGUCGUCGUAUCCGCGAGCUCAUCGUGCGGCUCAUGGGCGCGACUCUUACGCUCGAGACCGCCGCGACGACCGGUGCCGCAGAUGGCGUCGCCCUGAAGAUUGAGGCGCUGGAGUGUCUGGUGCAGGCUGAGACUCUGCUCGGCGAUCAUGAAACGCAGGCCCAAGAGUAG